AUGGGACCAGAUGCCCCUGUUAGUGUGAGGUUAGAUGAGAUUAAUUAUCCAGUAGAGUAUCAAGAGGGUGAAGGGCAGAAAAGUCUGAAACUAAAGCUGAAAAAACUUAGAGCUGAGGGCAACAAGUGUUACCAGAAGAAGUUAUUAGAUAAAGCACUGGAGUUAUACAACCAAAGCAUAGUGUUUGCACCACACCCAGAGAUUAAAAUUGAAAAAUGCUCAAAUGGGAAAAUCAGCACAACCAGUAAUGAAAGGCAGGAGGAUGUUGUUAGUGAAGGUCAGAGCACAAGCUGUUGUACUAAUAAGGAGGAAGGUUACAAAGCCUUGGCACUGGGUUAUGCCAACAGAUCAGCUGUGCUGUAUGAAUUAGGACAGUAUGAAAAGUGCAUUUGUGAUAUUGAUUAUGCUCUCCUCCAUGGCUACCCAACAAUCCUCCAUAGCAAACUAGCAGAGAGGAAAGCUAAAUGUCUUAUAGCAUUACAGAGGAUAAAUGAAGCAAAGUCCUUGAUUGAGACUUCACUUCAAGCUCUUGAUGCCUUGGCGCUAGAUGAAGAGAAGAUUAAAUCAUCCAGAGCAAAUUUACAAUCACUUUCACAACUGGAUAAGAAAUUCAUUGACAUUCACCCUAAUACCAAAUACAAGUUGUUAUUUUCCUUUGAGAACCCAAGUCCACCCAAGCUAGCUAAGUGCAACCCUACCAUUCCAUCAUUAAGCAGAUCUGUGGAUUUGGCAUUCUCCUCCACUCAAGGGAGAUACCUGGUUGCCAACAAAGAUAUCAAACCUGGGGAUGUGAUAGCAGUGGAAGAUGCCUACAGCAAGGUGGUGCAUCUGGAUUCCUCUCUCCACAACCACUGCACUGAAUGUCUUGCUCGUUGCCUCACUCCUCUACCCUGUCCCAUCUGCUCCAAAAUCAACAUUAACAACUACCAGCAGAGUGUAACUUCAGAAAUUGGCUGUGGAGCAUAUGGGGUAAUGAGUCUUACCAACCACUCAUGCAAUCCAGCAGCUGCUCGGUUCACCUUUGGAGCUACUGAGGUACUGAAAGCUGUAAGGUUUAUUCCAGCAGGGACAGAAGUAACAGACAGCUAUGGGGAACACUAUUGUGUUCAGAAAGAAGAGAGUAGGAUUGCAUCUCUUCUACAGCAGUAUUAUUUUAAAUGUGCUUGUGAGCCAUGUCGACACCACUGGCCCACUUAUUGUGGUCUUCAAGAGGAAUGUAUGCUGAAAUGUGUCAGUUGUAAUAAUUCCAUUGACCUCAUUGGGGGAAAAUGUCCUAAGUGUAACUUAGACUACUCUAAAACUUCUCGGAGUGAAAAGUUCAAUGUUGUUACCUACAACUGGACGGAGGUGAUAGUUCAAUUGAAAAGGAUUAAAGGAGAAUUUGAUCUUGCAUAUAAGGGUGUGAUAGCUGGGAAUAAUUCCUCAGAAAAUAUCAAUAAACUUUGUGAAUUUAUAGAAUUCAUUGACAGGUAUGUUCAACAACCAUGCAAACUGUACUUUGAAGCUCAGGAAACCCUUAAACAUUGUUUUGAUCGCCAAGCUUCUUCCUGCUUGGUGAGUCCUUGAAAAAGUUGUAAACAAUAUUAAGGAUGCAGGUGCACAUGAGGCACUGCCAUAUCUUAAACUAAGAAUGUAUUCUUUCAUUCUAUUGAAAAUUAAUUAUUUUACACUGAUUAGCACAAGCAUGACUUCAAAUGCCAUCUGAAUUAUAAUGCAUUUCUUUUCUCAUCAAGCUUUAAAAUGUUUGCUGUGAACCAUUACUUUCUUUUGAACAUUUCUAUUUCUUGUUCUUAAGGGAAGUCACAGAAUUAUUUUGAGUUACUCUGUUUUAUUCCUAGAUUUUCCAAGGAUUUUUUAAAGAUUUUUGUGAAUGUUGCACAUUUAUAUAUAAUGAGGUGCCAUAAAAGUAUUUAAAAAAAACUGGUGCUAUUAAGUUUAAGUUUAAACAUGAGUAAAAUAUUUCUUGCUA